GUUUAGUUACUAUUGAAAUGCGAAAGUUGGCAGCAGUGUUCUGUAGCUGAGAGCCGUGCGUGUGGCGAGUCUUCGCGUAAAAUGGCUACAAAUAAUUAUUUCGGAUUUACACACGGUGGGACGCAGUACAGUGCUGCCGCAGCCACUGGAACUGCGUACCAAACCGCACAGACCGGCUACGCAGUAGCAGCGCCGGCGACAGCGGCAGCAGCCGCCUCCUACAACACACAGAGGCCUGGAUAUGAGACUGCAUACCAGGCAGCAGCCACACCGGCCACCUACGCUGCUGUAGGCACGGGAACAACGCCGGCGUACGAAUACGGAUACGGUAGGGCGGCUGCCGCCACCACCGGCUAUGAGGCUGGGAAAAACUACUAUCAGCAAGCUGCCACUGGACAGGCCGCCACCGGUUAUGCAACUGCCUAUGAUCAGGCUCAGGGUGCAGCCAAGCAAGCCACAUAUGCGACUCAGUUUGCUGCUCAACGGAAUCCCGGACAGCCUCAAGCUCAGGGCGCAACUGUGAGUGCCAAACCUGCCCAAUAUACAGGUACCUACCAAGCGAAUCCCAGCGGUUACCAGGCUGCCUAUGCACAAGCGGCCGCACAGACUACAAUUGCAGCACAACCUACAACACAAACCAAACAAACCAAUUCGACUUAUUCUGGUUACGACGCUGCUUUAUAUUCAGCAGCUACAAUGUAUGUGGCGCAGCAGUCCACGAAUCAGCAGAAGGCCGGCUGGCAGGGUUACAAGAAGGGUGGAGCGGCGGGCGGCGGCGCCAAGAACAUGCGCUCGAAGGCACCUCCAAAACCACAACAGUUGCACUACUGUGAGGUGUGCAAGAUCAGCUGUGCCGGCCCGCAAACGUAUCGAGAGCAUUUGGAGGGUCAGAAACACAAGAAGCGUGAAGCUGCGACGAAGAUGACUGCCUCGCCGGCGGUCACCAGUCAAAAUCGUGCCGGCAACUCGCUAAGGUGUCAAUUAUGUGAUGUAACGUGUACAGGUAAUGAUGCAUACGCUGCACAUAUUCGUGGUUCGAAGCAUUCGAAAGUAGUGAUGCUUCACACAAAGCUAGGCAAACCGAUCCCUCCAGUAGAGCCCGAAGUGAUUGGCGGGACUCGCAAAUCGAUCACGUCCACACCAAAAAUAAAUUUCGUACAAUCAGGCGGCCUGGGUGUGCCUGCUCCCAACAACGGCGAUGUCAAAGAGGAAGAGAUUGAAGACACACCCGAGCCGGACAUUCAACCAGUCGGGCAAGAUUACAUCGAAGAGAUUAAAAGCGAGGAUGGCAAAGUUAUCAGUUUCAAUUGUAAACUAUGCGAAUGCCGAUUCAAUGAUCCGAACGCAAAAGAAAUGCACAUGAAGGGUCGCCGACAUAGGCUGCAAUACAAAAAGAAGGUGAACCCCGAUUUGGUCGUAGAUCUCAAACCGUCCCUAAGGCAGCGAAAGAUUCAAGAGGAGAAAAUGCGACGUGCUGCUUUGCGGGAAGAAUAUUGGCAGAGACGUCACAUUGCCCCAGACGACGAUGAUGAACGAAUGUACUGGGAGGAGCGUCGUCGCUACGAGGAAGAUUACAUGGAGUGGUGUCGCCGUGGAAACAUGGGACCAUUCCCGCGAGGACGUCCGCCAUUCCCAGGAAAUGGCCCACCGCCGUUCUUCCCUGGACCGCAGAUGACUCGCCGCAUCGAAUCAAAUGACGACCGGCACGUGAUGGCCCAUCACGCCGAGAUUUAUCCCAAGGAGGAGGAGUUGCAGAAUAUCCAAAGAAUCGUUUCCCACACCGAGCGCGCACUGAAAAUUGUGUCAGAUCAAAUGAGCGAAGCGUCUACUGUGAAAGAGGAAACGCCAGCUGCGCCAACCACUGAUGCAGAAAAGACACCGGAGACUACCACCCCAACUGAGGCCAAUGAUAAGCCUGAAGAACAAACUGAACUCAAAGAGGAUGGACGUGACAAUCAGCUGUUUUCUUUCCAAAGAGAAGAGCGUGACAGUAAUCGCACUCUAAAGGGAGUGAUGCGGGUGGGUCAUUUAGCUAAGGGACUUCUACUACAGGGCGACACCAACGUAGAGUUGGUGGUUUUAUGCUCGGACAAGCCAACGUUGACGCUUCUACGAACCGUGGUGGAUAUGCUACCAGCCGCGCUCAAGCAGGUUCUGCCGGACAACAGUUAUACGGUGACCAUCAAUGCCGCCGAGGCGGGUUUCACGGUCACCGAAGCCGACUUGACAGUGCUUGUGCAACUUACCAGUCCUGUGAUGCGGGAGCAAGAAGCUGCGAGCGGCGGGUUGGACCGGGAUGUUCUCGCACGCGGCAAGUGUCUCCAGGCGCUGGCAGCCCUCAGACAUACCAAAUGGUUCCAGGCUAGGGCAUUGGGGCUGCAUUCCUGCGUGGUGAUUAUUCGAAUCCUUCGUGAUUUAUGUCAACGAGUUCCUACUUGGGCGCCACUUAGCCCAUGGGCAAUGGAAUUGCUUGUUGAAAAGGUAAUUUCGUCCACACCCGGUGGCGUUCAAUUGUCGCCUGGCGAUGCUUUGCGACGUGUGAUGGAGGCCGUGGCCGGCGGUUUGCUGCUGCCUGGUGGGCCUGGUCUGGGUGAUCCUUGUGAAAAGGACAGUCCAGAUGCGGCGACUGCACUAACAGCUCAACAAAGAGAAGAUCUGACUUGUUCCGCACAGUUUGCACUACGUUUAAUAGCAUAUAGACAAAUCUACAAGGUACUAGGCAUGGAACAACUACCCAUGCAACAAAAGAACUUUAGACGUGACCGUUCCGCCCGCAAAAGACGUCGCUCAGGUGGUGAACAAGCUGAUUUUGAGAGCGAUACUGGCAAAAUGGUCAAGACGGAGAAUGACACCAAUAAUACCACUCCGACCGAAACUCCUUUACCGUCGAAGUAAUUUUUCACUAGUUUACAAUCACCCUCUUUUGGUUAUUUUAUUAUUAACAUCGACGAGUGUAUUUAUUUGUUUCUGAAUACCACCUUCUAAGGUGACUAUUAAUUCUUGGAAAUCAUCGGUUAUAAGUUUUAUAGCCGAUUUUCUUACGUGUUGACGGAUUACUUCAAACUAAACAAUUGUAUUAACGAAUGAAAAUUGAUUGAUUGAUAAAUAUAUGUAUCUUAGUAGUAUUUUCUAGAUGUAUGAUGUAUGUACUCAAAUAAAUGCAACCUGCGUUUAGAAAAGCCAAGAGCAAUCAAACAUGCA